AUAUUAUUCUUAGACAUUAGUUGUUUUUUAUAUUUUCGUGAAAACGUGGACGUGAGAAAUAUUUGCAAGUUAGGUUUCAGAAUACAAAAUGGCUUACGCAGUGGUCCAUUUUAUUGAAGAUGAUGUGUUCAGUGAAGUUCCUGUAAGUUGGCUGAAUUUCGACAAUACUGAAUGUGUCUGGCCCCCGAAUAAUCCUAAAAAUGUUAGAAAUUUAAUAAAAAUGAGAGCUGCCCCCAAAAGUGACUGGCCCUCUCACAAAGUAAAUUUGGAGGGAAUAUAUGAGAAAUAUGAAAAGGCGAUUAAAAAAGCAGGGAAUAACGAUUAUACUUCUUCUGCUGAUGAAGUUAGAGGAAGGGGGAUGAGAAAGAAAAUUCCUCAGUACUCUUCAAGUGAAUCAGGUGAUAGUAUGACUCCACCUCCUUUCAUAAACUUACAAGGGACUGAAGUGAUAUGGGAGCAGUCUGAUAAUGCAUUCAAUAUGACUGAUAUGAUCUCUGUUGAACAGAAUAUUGAUGUAAAUUCACUUGAGGACAUUACCCCAUUCCACGAUGAGGCUAUAAAUAAAGCUAGCUCUAGUACACAUCACAUCACCUGCGCCAGCACUCAAGCAGAAUUCGUACCUUAUGAAAACAAGUUGGAGAAAAAAAUUGAUGUACUAUUGGCUUUGGUCAAUUCAAUGUCCAUAAAAAUGGAAGAAAUGAAUGAAAGGCUCAAACAUAUAGAAGUUACCCAACAACCGAACACUGCCAAUUUAAAAUUCUUUCUGGAGAAUCUUCCAUGUGAUAGCAUGGAAGAUAUGAAAAGACUAAAUGACCUGCUGGAGAAGGAGGAAGAGAAAAAUAACUUUAUUAACUACCUUCAAACAAUUGGCGGUGCACACCCUAAAGAUAGGGUGAAGAGAAUCAUGAAAACUCUUAUGACAAACAAGUUAGCAUUGAGUUGCUCCUGGCUGGGCUUGAGGAAUAAUAUAAGAGCAAGUGAUUUCCUCUGCAUAAAAAUAGCUCAAAGUAAGAUUCUAUGGUAUUAGGUAUGCUGCUUUUUUUCAUUUUGAAUUCAGUUCAAUGCUAUUAAUUUUAAGGUUUUAUUGUCACUCUUUUUUCUCCUUUCAAUGACCUGCAAGAAAUUAUUAAUUAUUUAAGUUAUAAUCGAAAUUCAAAAGGAAAUUAUAUUGAAAUCCUUCUAUAACUGAUGAUUUGGAUCCCUUCAAUUUGAAUUUUGAAAAAAAUUCUAAAAAUAGAUCCAAACAAAUAUAAAUCUCUACUUGAAAAUAAUUCUCUCUCUCAGGUGGGUUCAGAGAAAUAUAUAUAAUUUUUUUUUAAUCAAACAACAAACCUAUCUAUCUAACUACCUAACUAAUUACCUAUCUAUUGAAAUGAAAUUUAUGCAAACAAUUGAAAACACUUAUCUUAAUAAUUUUCUUCUCCACUUAAUCUUGUUCCAUAAAUUCUUCUUUCAAAAUAAAACUCCUAUUCUAUACUACUUUGAUGUUCCAACUCCAAAUUCUUUCCAAUUCCAAUUUCCUUUUUUCAAUAUCUUCAUAAAUUCUUCUUCAACUCGUUAAUAACUUCUAUUGAUAUCAAAAUUCAACUUAUUUAAAAAAAACUCCUCUAAAUUACUUCUUACAAUUUUCUGCUUGACACGUCUCUCUUCCAUUAUUUUUCUUUCUAUCCUCGAUUUUUUUAGUUUUCAAUGUUUUCAUCCCUUUAUCUGAUGAUCUCAUUUUAUCUAUGUACUCAGUAAUAUCUAUGCCACUGUCAUUUAAUUUUGAAAUUUCUUUUUCUUACUUAACUUAACUAUCUUUAAUAACAAAAAUAACACCUAUUUUUUUUUAAAUUUGAAUGUUAUGUAUAAAACCAAAUGAUUAUCUAUGAAACCAACUGAGAAUUUCGAAUUAUUUCCAAUUUUACUUAAAUUUUAAUGACUACUCAAAUUUUUGAGUGUGGAAUCCAUAACACUAACUUCCUCCAUAAAUAAACAACACUGUUUAUUGUUAAUAGCAUAUAUUGCUGCAUGUUUUGGUAGAUUGAUGAUGGUAUGUGUGAUUGUGUGCAUGGCUUGUAUGUUCAGAGUUGAAUUAUAUGUAGUUGGAUGUUUGUUCUUCGUUUUUAUGGUAGUUCACAUUUAAGAAAGAGUACACAUAGUUUAGAAGUUGAACCUCAAUUAUUCAUCUACUCAAUAAGGAGUAUCUGAGUAAAGUGUGCAAAUUGUUACUACUACUAGACUAUUUUUCUGCUUUACUUCAUUUAUGUUUGUGAGGUGUGUACCUGUGUUAUUCUCUGCUAUUUGUGAAAUUAAAAAAAAUCUACAUUUAUAUACACACUUUUCUACUAUUGUUAUUAUUGAUCAAUUUCAAAACAAAUAAUGGUGCUUUUUAGGAACUAACUUUUUCAUUUUUCGAAUGUUCCCCAUAUAAUUAAACUUUUAGUUUGAUAUAGAAAAUUUUACAAAGCGCAUAAAUUAGUUUCAAGUUGAGGAACCCCUUCUAAAGUUGUCCAUGUACUCAAAACUUCUAUAACACAUAUUAUUGUGCAUGAAUUCCAUAUUUUUUUGUAGAAUAUAUUAUUAUUUUAUCCAAUCAGAAAGCCUCGUAAUUGGGAAUAUUAAUUGAAAAUGCCAUUUUUUAAUCACAUUUAAAUAUGUUUAGGUUUUGCAAGUCAGUCUUUUAUUCAAAAUGCCGAAUUCGAGAAGAUAGCAGCUGAGUGGAUAAGGCUAGCCUCAUUGAGAUUUAAAAGAGAAAAAUGAAUAUUGUUUGGUGUAAUUUAAUCAUAUGAAUGUUUUUUAAUCAGAUUAUAAUUUUCCAAUAAU